AUGCUCCGACAAGACGAAAACCGCCUCGUGUUCUCCCACGAUGGGGAGCAGCUCUGGAUCGAGCCCUGGGGCCCGGACGCCUUUCGCGUGCGGGCCACCAAGGAUGCUAGAAUGCCCAGCGAGGCAUGGGCUCUGGAUGAGCAGGUCCCGUCCUCCCAAGCAGAGAUCAAGAUCCCCAGCAGCGGCAGCAACGGCGCCAAUGCUACUACACCCAAAGAAAACGCCACCAUUCGCAAUGGCAAGUUGACAUGCUCCGUCUCCUCGCGCGGCAAGCUUGUCUUCUCUGACCAGAACGGCAAGACGCUGUUGCAGGAGUACACGCGCAACCGAAGAGACCUCCUCGACGCAAAGUGCAGCGCUCUCGAGGUUGAGGCCCGCGAGUUCAAGCCCCAGCGCGGCGGCGACUACCACCUCACCGCGCGCUUUGAGAGCCUGGAUCCGGCGGAGCAGAUCUUUGGCAUGGGCCAGUAUCAGCAGCCCUUCCUCGAUCUCAAGGGGCUGGACCUCGAGCUGGCGCAGCGCAACUCGCAGGCGAGCGUACCCUUUGCCGUCUCCUCGCGCGGAUACGGUCUGCUCUGGAACCAGCCUGCCGUCGGCCGCGCUGUCUUUGGCAAGAACAUUACCAGCUUUGAGGCGUACGCCACGAGCACUCUCGACUACUGGAUCGUGGCAGGCGACACGCCCCGCGACAUUUGCCGCCGCUACUCGGACGUCACGGGAAAAGUGCCCAUGAUGCCAGAAUACGGACUCGGCUUCUGGCAGUGCAAGCUUCGCUACGAGACCCAGGACGAGCUCCUCGAGGUGGCCCGCGAGUACCGUCGUCGGGAGAUACCUCUUGACCUGAUCGUCAUUGACUUUUUCCACUGGACACUGCAGGGCGAGUGGAAGUUUGACCCCAAGUACUGGCCCGACGUCGACGCAAUGAUGCGCGAGCUCAAGGCCCUCAACAUUGAGGUCAUGGUCUCCAUCUGGCCCACCGUCGACAACCGCUCCGAGAACUUUCAGGAGAUGCUGGAGAAGGGGCUCUUGGUGCGCACCGAGCGCGGCCUCCGUACCAACUUUGACUUUGAAGGCCAGACGGUCUACUACGACCCCACAAACCCCGAGGCCCGCAAGUACAUCUGGUCCAAGGCCCGACAGAACUAUUAUAACAAGGGCAUCCGGUGUUUCUGGCUUGACGAGGCCGAGCCGGAAUACUCCGUGUACGACUUUGAUAACUACCGCUACGCCCUUGGUCCCUGCCUGCGCGUGGGUAACUGGUACCCCCGCGUCCAUGCCCAGGCCUUCUACGAGGGUAUGGAGCAGGAGGGGCAGUCCAACAUUAUCAACCUCUUGCGCUGUGCGUGGGCCGGUAGCCAGAAGUACGGCGCCCUCGUGUGGAGCGGCGACAUUGCCUCAUCAUGGUCGAGCUUUGCCGACCAGCUCGCCGCUGGCCUGAACAUGGGCAUGGCCGGUAUCCCCUGGUGGACGACCGACAUUGGCGGUUUCCACGGAGGAAACCCGAAAGACGAGGCGUUCCGGGAGCUAUUCGUGCGCUGGUUCCAGUGGGGCACUUUCUGUCCCGUGAUGCGUCUGCACGGUGACCGUGAGCCCAAGCGUCGUGAGGGCUUGUCCAGCGGGUCUGGUGCGGACAAUGAGGUCUGGUCGUAUGGCGAGGAGGUGUACGGUAUCUGCAAGCGGUACAUUGAUAUUCGUGAGCAGCUGCGAAACUACACGCGCGACCUCAUGGCCCAGGCCCACAAGACGGGUGAUCCCAUCAUGCGACCGCUUUUCUACGAUUUUCCUCACGACAGUGACGCCUGGAGGGUGGGCACGUCUGCGUACAUGUACGGCGACGCGCUACUCUGCUGCCCCGUGAUGGAGCCAGGCAAGCGGGAGCUGGAGGUGUAUCUGCCUGUGCUGGAUAAGGACGACUCUUGGGUCUCAUUCUAUGAGCCUGAGAGCGCGAACGUGUGGAAUGGUGGCCAGCGAGUUGUGGUGCCCUGUGGCAAGGAGGAGAUGCCCGUGUUCGUGAGAAAGUCGAGGAUCAGGGCGGUUCAAGCGGGGGGCAAGGCGUCCUAA